AUGCAUGUCCUGGAAGGUUUCUUGUCUCGCGACAUCUCGCACCAUAGCCCGGAAUACUUGGCCGAAGAUGUCUCGUCACGGAUCCUGACUGUGACGGGUUUCUUUUGUUUCUUCUCGAUCGUCAUCGUGUCACUGCGACUUUAUGCUCGAGCAUUCAUGGUGCGGCGACUCGGCUGGGAAGACCUAUCAAUCCUUGUUACUGCGCUUUUUGUCCUUGGUUGCUGGAUCUGCUUUAUCUUCGAGAAGAAGUCUGGAGUUCUCGGUCGUCACAUCGCCGUGGUCUCGAUACCGCAGUAUGAAAACUUCUUGCUGUGGACAUUCCCUCACCAACUUUUUCUCAUGCUCGGAGUUUGCACAUUCAAGUGUAGUGUCGCAUUCUUCCUCAUCCGUGUUGGUCGGAGUAGGUGGGCUCGAAGGGCUCUGUAUGGCUUGAUGAUUUUCAUGACAAUCUGUACACUGGUGUACGCCUCUACUCUGUUUUGGUCCUGCAUUCCGCUAAGGGCCAACUGGCACCUCGACGAGCAGAAGGACGCAAAGAUGAUCUCGACCAAAGUCUGGAGAGGCCUCGCACUUUGGAAUAGCGUAAUAAACAUGACGACGGACGGCAUCCUCGCACUCUGGCCCAUCCCGAUUGUCUACAGGAUGAAAGUGUCUCUUGUCAAGAAGAUCUUGCUGGGCGCGGCGCUGAGCCUGGGGUGGUUGGCCGUCGUCUGCGGAGGUAUGAAGACGUAUGCCAUGUGGGUGUACUUCACUGCCGAGGACAAGUACUUUGAAGACAACUACUUCAUCUGGAGUUUCUUGGAACUGAGCGUGGGCACCAUUGCGGCGUCUUUCCCCUUGUUGCAACCAUUUGUUCACAAGAUCCGGCGUUCCACCUCUUCAAACGAUGACAGUGGAAAAGUGGUCAUGUUGCCGCUGGCACUGGGGCCAAUCGAGCCACCACGAGCGGUGAUUCGUAGGCCUGUGAUCACAUGGACAGGCAUGGGCUUCACAUCGAUCGACGGCGAGGAAGAGAUAAAAUGGGAUGGACCAGCAAGGAGCGGAUCGAGUACACGGGUAGACAUGGAAAGGUCGGAUAGCGGGACGAUAUUUGUAGGAUACGAGGGGUCGAAAGCAUUUGUUUCUAGAGCGACUGUAUAG